AUGAAAGACAGACGUGUUUUACCACUACUCACUCUCGUCAUGCUAAUAGCAUCCCUUACAACUGUCCAGUCUCAAGGUCUGAUGGGUGGAUUCAAAGGACACCACCACAACAGGGGGACAGGUGCUGUUGAGUUGCUUCUAGCUACUGGUAUUUUAGCCAAACUUUUGAACCAUCGAGCAAAGCAUGGAGCUAGUGCUGCUGGAAGACAUAUAUUGCACGCAUUGAUUGGUGGACCCAGGUAUCCUCCAAGACAUCCCUAUGGAAGGUUUCCUAUGGACAUCCAUGGCGGAGGACAUCCAUCUUUACUUCAAGAAGAUCUCUUGGAACCACAUGCAUCCAUGGCGAUGAAUCUUCUUCCUGAUGCAGAUCUCAUGUUGAACCAAGAGAGUGCCCUCUUUUCUGCCAAAGCUCCAAUGGCUUUUAUGCCCACCAUGGGGAUGCUGACAGAGAGUCAACUACUGGCGGAGGCACAACUCAGUCAACAACUUAUAGCAGCCAGAAGAGCAAGAAAGUUGAUGGAGGCUAGAAAACUACUUGCUGCACAAGAAGCCAAAAAUAUCUUGGUGGCGCAGAGGGAAGCAGGGCAGCUUUUGGCGGCACAGGAGGCGCUUCAGACCUCAGCUUUACUCGCAGCUCAUCCUUCGCGUCAGAUCUUAACAUCAGCUCCUCCACCACCAAGGAUGAUUCAACACCAUUCUCAAAAUCAUCACCAAGCGCACCAAGCACAAAACGUUGGAGCUCAACAGUUAACACCCAACAUGAUGACAGCCGAAGCCUCAAAGCAAAUGCGGGCGAUUUCUGCACGAGCGGACGAACUAAUGGCCCUCAAUCCAGGACUGGAUGAAGAUGAUGCGGCACAGAUUCUAGCCAACCUGCACUUAGUCUGA